CUCCAAAUGAAAAUAGGAAGAUACAUAACCUUGACCAAGACGGCAUUCUGAUGCUCUUUCAAUAUGUGCACGGUUUGGCAAUUUGAAACGCCAAGACAGCAACACUGGAAGCUUGGCGUGUCAUGAGACGACACUUGAACAAAUUUCUGCCGCAGCUCGAACUCAACCAACAUUAACAGCUGCAACAGUCACAAAUCUGCGUCCCUAGAUGCUGAUAACUACCAUAAUGCAUAUCCCAACGACAUCCAGCCUCUUCCUAGUUGUUCUCGGCGCCCUCUACCUCACGCCCGCCUGCGCGCAAAGGCGGAAAAUGCAACCGGUCAUGGUCGACGGGGCCGUCCAAGAAUCCGAAGCAGACCUAGGCGAAAACGCCAUGAUCGAGUCCAUCUUGCCUUCGAACAUAACCACUACCCAACCCACAGCUGCCCCAGCCGCUGCAGCACCGCCAGCCCCUCCUCCCGAACCCUACACGCCCAUCAACGCGCUCCUCUUCUCUGGCUCGCCAGGGCCCAAAAACUGCCGUGGGCACGUAAUCAUGAAUCUUGCUGUGCCAAAACCGGGGCCUGCGACGCCGCAAUGCUACAACACCCCCGGCGUAGUGAGCUGUGCGAAUUUCAUGGCGAAUAAGGAUGAUGGGUGCGAGGCCAGAUUAUUCGCCGAGCCGGAUUGCAAAAUGUUUGUCAAUUUGGCGGUGUUCAUACCGGAGAAGAGGACCAUGGGCGGUGUUUAUAGGAGUAUGGAGAUUACGUGUGGGGUGGAAAGCGUAGAGCCGGCGCCGUUGAAUCUGGGGGCGCUGCAGGUUCAGCAUUAGGUGGGAAAGAAGGUUACGAAGGAUUGGUCCUUUCUGGUUGGACUGAGUUGGCCUUAAUUUCGGAGAGGAAUGCGGUGAUCUGUCUGAAGGCAUAAUUAUAUUCGCUUGUCGGCUGGUGUAGUUGGUCACUUCGCUGGUAGAUAAGUCCCGAUUUGAGCCUCGCCCACUUGGGUCGGUGA